ACAUCAACACUUGCUGUACCAGCAAAUAUUCCUGAAAGAGUUAGCGCAAAUUCUGAAGUACUUAUACCAAAUCUUAACAGUUCCAUAAUUAGUUCACAUAAUUUAUAUGAUACAGAAUUUCAAUUUACUCGUUUUGAUGUUUGGUAUGCUGAUCCUGCUGGUGGACAAAGAUGGUUUCAUAUGACUGAAAUUCAUGAUUUUGCUGUUGGUCUUAGUUUUCAAUAUAAUAAUACUAAUGGUCAAUGUACAGUUCGUGAUAUAAAUACAAAUGGUAAUGAUGCUGUACCUACAGAUGGUAGUCCAAAUCUAUUACAAAUGGGUAGUCCUCAACAUUUACUUUUAAUGGAUGAUAUAAUAUAUCAAUAUACUGGUGAAAAACGAUGUCGUGAUCGAGUUUGGUGUCAUGUAUGGAUUGGUGAAAAACCAAUGCCAAAUGAUACAGUUGAACAUCGAGAAUGGCAUUGGGCAGCAAGUGUUAAUAAUGAACCAUUACAAAAUUUGAUUCCAAUGAAAUUAGUUUUAAGACGAUAUGUAUCUGGUAUUCUACUUUUUUCAGUUGAAAUUAAUAUUUUCAAUUAUCGUCGUCGUCCAAUGACAAUAUUUGAAAUUGAUUAUACAUUAGCUAACUGUUAUCGUGCUUUAGGUCCAGCUGAAAAUUACAGUCUUGCAGUUUUGUCAUUUGCAAUAGCAAAUGAUAAAAAUUAUCCAGUAUUGGAAAAUUUAAACUUUUUACGUCUUCACAUAUUUGAAACAUUAAUAUUUACAAUGUUUGUUCGACCAACACGUAUCUCAAAUUUACUUGUUGAUAAAAAUAAUACGGAUAUUAUAGUUACAUUUACAUUAUUGGAUGUACCACCACGUACUGGACCUGUAGAAGUUCCAUUACAAGAAUUAUCAUUAGAUACAGUUAUUCAACGUUUUCAAACAAUAAUUGAUUCCGAGGGUCUUACUUUUCGUGCUAGAUAUGGUGAUUCAAAACAAGUUACUUUACGUGCACGUGCUAAAUCACUUAAUGUUGUUCAAAAUACACAAAACAAAUGGUUAACAUCAGGUUCAAAAAUAACUGGACUUUGGAUUGGCUUUAUUAUCCUUGGUCUUGCAAUUGGGGCAGUUGGUGGCUUCUUUGUAUUUCGACCUGAAACAUCAAAUCUGUUGUCUACAAAUGAUUCAAUUAGUAAUGCACAUACUGAUAUAACUGCUAUAUACGAUCAAUUUAUAUCAAUAUUAUUUACAUCGAAUAUGCCAUCAACGUCGUCACUAUUAACAUUGUCAAUAUCAGCAAUAUCAUCAUUCUUAAUAGCUAUCGAUACUAGUCGUCCAUUAGCUUAUCCAUCACCACAACUUUGUUUUCAUAACCAUCAAAGCUUUCAACAUGUUUAA